AUGGCCACUGCAAAGUAUGACCCCCACCUGGGCGAAGGCCCAUCUGAGGACUCGGAGAUCCUCCUGGAUGAUUCUGACUCAGGGAGUGUGCUCUCUGACGACUCAGUGCUUCCCGACUAUGACAGGGAUGAAAAGGACACAGAGCCGGCUAAAACGUUGUAUGAGGCCUGCGCUCGGAAUGACCCCACGUCCCUGCGCAGGAUCUUGGAGAGAGGAGUCACUAAAGACGAGGCCAUGGACCUGGACAUCAAUGGCAGGACUGGACUGAUGUUGGCUGUGGGAAAGGGAUUCGUAGACAUUGUCACCAUGCUGCAUGUAUGUCCAUUAAUAGACAUCAACCACCAAGACAAUGAUGGCAACACUGCCCUCAUGAUUGCUGCGCAAGCAGGUUUCGUCACUAUUUUAAACUAUAUCCUUAACUACUACUCUGGUGUGGACUCAGAAGUCAGGGAUCCCCGUGGCUUCACAGCUCUAAUUAAGGCAGGCCUGCAGGGCCGAGACGAGUGUGUGUCCGCCCUGUUAAUGCAUGGUGCAGAUAUGAAUGCAGUUGAUCUGGUCCAAGGGAAAGGUCUAAACGAUUGGAUCCUUAGGACAGGAAGGUUUGAGACUCUUAGAAGAAUCCGCCGCCUGAAGGCUUAUUCUGUCGCUGAGCAGUUCUGUGAUAGUUACAUUCCUGAGUGGCCUGAGCUGAAGCAACUGGUAGCAAAGGCCACAGCCACCAAAACAACCAGUCAGAAGCUGAGGCAGCGCUUAAAAGACAGUCUUUCUUUCAACUUCCCUAACGACCCCCAAGACAAUGGGGUCUUUGACCAUAUGGUGCGGAUGACUACAGGCCUCCAGCCCCUGAUAGUCACUGGUUGCCGUCCACUCUGUCCCUCUAGCCCCCCAGAGAUUGGCAAGCCACGGUUUACCGUCCUUGAGCUGCUUGAAAAGCACAGCAGCAAGGAGUUGGAGGAGAGCACAGUGUGCCACAGUAAAGGCUCCAUCACCACCUCAGCUUCUCAGGCUGCUGUGUCAGCCACCUCUGUAUCUCUGACCUCCUGCUGCCAGUACACGGAGCGCAGGGAAAGCAUGACAACAGGUGACACGAGAAGCUUCAUUCCCCGCAGCAUGGCACACAGGAACAGCAUCUUCCCCUCAGGAUGUAUUCCCAAGAUUGAAGUAACAAAAUCUGGGGAGCCCACUCCAAAGAAAGAGAAAAAGAAGAAAAGGCAGAAGGGCUACCUGGAGCCUCCUAUCUGGAAGUACAAGGAGGCCAAGGAGGAGAAAAAGAGAGAGAAGAAGCAGCAACAGGAAAAGGAAAAAGAACAAGAGAAAAAACAGAAGGGGUCUAAACGUUCAUCAAGCAAAAAAUGA